CGUCUGCGGCUGCGUUCCCCGAAAGACGAGGCUGCGCCCGGGUUCCGGUCCGCAGGGAGACCGAAGGACACCGCUCCCCGCGCCGCCCGUGCUGCCCGGAGCAUCGGAGUGCGGACACCCCAGGGAUGCCCGCGCCCCAGAGGACCCCCGCCCGCAGUCCCCGCGUCUUCGCGAGGCCCGCCCGGAGCAUGCUGCCUGCAGCCAUGAAGGGCCUCGGCCUGGUGCUGCUGGCCGCCCUGCUGUGCUCCGCACCGGCUCAUGGCCUGCGGUGCCAGGACUGCACCCUGACCACCAACUCCAGCCACUGCACCGCGAAGCAGUGCCAGCCGUCUGACACGGUGUGUGCCAGCGUCCGCAUCACCGACCCCAGCAGCAGCAGGAAGGACCAUUCGGUGAACAGAAUGUGUGCCUCAUCCUGUGACUUCGUUAAGCGUCACUUUUUCUCAGAUUAUCUGAUGGGCUUCAUUAACUCUGGGAUCUUAAAAGUAGACGUGGACUGCUGCGAGAAGGAUCUGUGCAACAGGGCAUCUGGGGCGGGGGGCAGCCCCUGGGCCCUGGCUGGGGGCCUCCUGCUCAGCCUGGGGCCCACCCUCCUCCGGGCUGGGCCCUGAGGUCCCCUCCCUCCUAAAGGGCUUCUGAGCUUGUUUUCUGGGGCCUGUGGCUGCCCCCUCCUCAGCCUGGCUUGGCUGGGGCUGGGGCAGCCUAGGCCUGGCCCCACCCCAUCUCUCCACCAGCUCUGAGUCCCAGCCAUCAGGACAUCUCCAGGACACUGGCGUCUGUCGGGUGGGCAGGAGGGCUGGGAGUGAGGUCA